GUCAGUGUCAGACAGACACUCUCCGGCAGCAGACUGGAGCCCGCCUCCUCCAACUUUACUGGCCACCUGCCUAUCCCAGAAUAAAACAGGGCUGCGCGAAACAAAACCAAGAAAAAAAAAAAAAAGAAAGAAAGAAAGAAAGCUCCGGCUAACUUGACGAGGACGAGACAACGUCGUGAUUGACUGGCUAGUCUGCGCCAUCGUUUCCUACCUCCAUUACCCCCUGCCUCGGUCCUGGUUGCCCGCUUGACAACGCGAGUUUGUUUGUUUUAGUUACCAGCAAAUUGAGCAGCUCUCACGCAGCGUCGGGAAAGCUGGCCACCACUUGCAUGAUGCGCCAUGGCCACGUUGGUGUGCAGGGUUCAGUUUUUAGACGACACCGAUCCGUUCAACAGUACCAACUUCCCGGAACCGACCAGGCCGCCUCUGUACACCUUUAGGGAGGACAUCCCCCUCAUCAACCAACUAGCAGGCAUCCACCGGCUCCUCAAGGCUCCACACAAGCUCGAUGACUGUGCACUGCAGCUUUCCCAUAAUGGCACAUAUCUGGAUCUGGAGUCUUCCUUGGCAGAACAAAGGGACGAGCUUGAGGGCUUUCAGCAGGACGACACAGGGUCCAGAGGGAAAAAACACAGUGUUGUAUUACGUACCCAGCUAACUGUCCGCGUGCACGCAUGCAUCGAAAAACUGUAUAACUCCAAUGGACGUGACUUGAGAAGGGCACUUUUCUCACUGAAGCAAAUCUUUCAGGAUGACAAAGACCUGGUCCAUGAGUUUGUGAUGGCUGAAGGCUUGACAUGUCUAAUCAAAGUGGGUGCAGAAGCAGACCAGAACUAUCAGAACUAUAUACUAAGAGCACUGGGCCAGAUCAUGCUAUAUGUUGACGGGAUGAAUGGUGUCAUUAGCCACAAUGAGACAAUUGAGUGGCUUUACACACUUGUUGGCUCGAAGUUUCGUCUUGUGGUAAAAACAGCUAUGAAGUUGUUACUGGUCUUUGUGGAAUACUCCGAGUCCAAUGCACCGCUUCUCAUAGACGCCAUAGCCACAGUGGAUUCUAAGAGAGGUUGCAAAGCGUGGUCCAGCGCCAUGGAGAUCUUGCAAGAGAAAGACGGAGUUGACACAGAACUGCUGGUCUAUGCUAUGACCCUCAUAAAUAAGACAUUGGCAGCCUUACCAGAUCAAGAUUCCUUCUACGACAUGGUAGACGGUCUGGAGGAGCAAGGAAUGGAGACAGUAACUCAGAGACAUUUGGGUCGGAAAGGCACUGAUCUGGACUUAAUUGAGCAGCUCAACAUCUAUGAGUCUACACUCCGACAUGAGGAUGGCGACGACGACGCCCAGCCUCCACCAACGGGGCGACGUGAUCGGCGGCGAGCGAGCAUUGGGAGCGGGGAUAGACAGUGCGGGCUGGAGAGGAGACGGAGCCGCAGGGCUUCUCUGGGCCGAUCCGGGCACGCGUCCCCCUGCAGUCCUGCGUCACCUCAGAGGGCGGGCUUCCACCCUUUUAGUGGACAGAGGGCAGAGGAGAUAAGCGAGAGAGCACUAUCAGGUUGCCUUCCAUCCAUAGAUGAGGAAUGUGAGGAUGGACUGAUAAAGGUGUAUGAAGAGGAUGAGCCUGCACUGACUGAGUCUGAUUCAGAUGAAAACGAUGACGCUUUUUUAUCUAGUCAGAGUAGCUCAAGCUCGGUUAGGCAUCUUCCUUCCAUCAUUCAACGGACAAUCCAGUCCAUCACCAUCACAUCUAAACCCUUACAUGAGCGCGAUCUUGGGAAUUGGAAAGAGCCUCCUGCAAGCCCCUUGAGCCCCCCCUUGACACCCAUGUCCCCUCCUCCCAUGCCCUCCCCACUCAGCCCUCCCUCACUUUUGGCUGCCCUGUUGGCCAAGAAGAGGGUUACCAGCACUGUGCCAGCCACCAAGGAGAUCAGCCCGCCGUUGCGUGGCAGCUCGUAUCCCUCCCCCGAGCACCAGCCCUACAAACCCCACUCGCCCUUUCACCUCUUUUCCUACGACAUGGAUGAAGACACGUCACUCCAUUCUCCAUCCAAAGCGUAUGCGGAGACGGACAAUACGGCAUCUUCAAGGAAUGGAAGUCUCACAUCCUACUCAUCUCACAGCAGCCCCACCAGUCCAAGGCCUCCUCUGGGGGGACUCCUGUCCUCCUCAUACCGACAACAUCAGGAGUCCUUGGCGGCCGAACGAGAACGGCGCCGAGUAGAAAGAGAGGAGAGGCUGCAAAGGAUCGAACGAGAGGAGAGGAACAAACACAGCCGAGGCUAUGUGGAUAAAAUGGAAGAGGCCAGGGUGGCACGGGAAGAGAGGUAUAAAAAUGUGGAGCGCUUAGCGGCUGAGGAGUACGAGAAGGAACGUAUCCCCCGUGGGCCGAGGACGCGCCCUGACCUCGACCUGACCUUUGAACCCUCUGAUGCUUGGUCAUCGUCGAGGCGCAGCAGCACCCCGUCCUCGACCGCUUCUCAAGAGGAGUGCGAAGCCGACAACGAAGCAGAGCCCAUUUCUAGCCCUUACGCACCUUCUGAAGCUGGCGAGGUUGAUGACUCCAGGACCAGAGUAGAAACUGAGGAGAAAGAGCCCGAGGAAGAAAAAGAGGAGCAAGAGGAGGAGGAGGAGAGAAGGGAAGAAGAGGAGGAAGUGCAGGAGGAAGCAGAGGUAGAAAGCGAGGAGGAAAGCGAGCAGCAGGAGGCUCAAGCAACGAAGGAGCAUGAGGAUGUUGAAGAGGACAGUGGCAUAUUAAGCGACAAGGAGCGACAAAAUGAGGAGGUGAACGAGAAGGAUAACUGCUCGGCCUCCAGCAUCUCCUCAGCCAGCAGCACCUUGGAGAGAGAGGAGCGAGGGAACAGUGAGAAUGACCUCAAAGAAGAGGUAAACAAACAGUGCAGCAAACUCCUCAACAGUAAACUCUUCAUGCUGGACAUGUUGUACUCGCAAAACAAGAAACCUUGUGAGGAAGAGGAGGAUGCAGAGCUCGAGAAAGAGGAAGGAGAGGGAGAGAACAAAGAGGAGACUCAUAAGGACGUUGACAGACAGGUCAGUGAUGGUAAAACCGAUGACAACAGGGAGGAAAAAUCGGAGCAGCGGGGAAGCAUACGCCAGUUUGCCGAGCGCUUCGGAAACUUGAUCAAGGACAUUGGCUGCUCUCACCCUCAUUCGGACAGCCAAGCCAGUGAGCUCAUGGCAAUCACUCCUCCCAAAAAGGAAUCAGAAACAAUAUGGGACCAACUCUUGGCCAGCCCGCGAGAGCUGCGCAUCGGUGACAUAAAUUUCACCGACUUGACAGAGGACGACGACACGGACGUCCUGAACACUGCUCUGAUGGGCAGCUAUGGCGACCUCCCGCCUCCGCCGCCCCCACCUCCUCCUCCAUUUGCCUCGAUGACCUUCCCCUCCUUCCCUCCACCUCCGCCUGUGCUCGGCACUUGUCCGCCAGCUCCUCCCUUGUCGGGGAUGAUGCUCCCUCCUCCUCCUCCCCCAUCGUUCAGCUCCUUAAUGCCUCCUCCUCCUCCUCCUGAGCCUCCGCUCUUCAACAAGAAAAAGAAGACUAUCAGGUUAUUCUGGAAUGAGGUGCGACCUGAAUCACCACACAAGGACCACAAGAAAAGUGGAGAUUCUGUUUGGUCCAAACUGGAUUCAGUGAAAUUAGACACAGCCAAACUGGAACAUCUGUUUGAGUCCAAGUCGAAAGAAAUGCCUGUGACUAAGAAAACGGCAGCAGACGGCAAGCGUCAAGAGAUCAUCGUGCUGGAUUCCAAAAGGAGCAACGCCAUUAACAUCGGUCUGACUGUUCUACCUCCUCCUCGAACCAUCAAGACGGCGAUCCUUAACUUCGAUGAAUACGCGCUCAACAAGGAGGGCAUUGAGAAAAUCCUCACCAUGAUUCCUACUGAGGAGGAGAAGCAGAAAAUCCAGGAGGCUCAACUGGUUAAUCCUGACACGCCACUGGGUUCAGCUGAGCAGUUCCUGCUCACUCUGUCGUCCAUCAGCGAGCUCUCUGCCCGACUUCAGCUGUGGGCAUUUAAGAUGGACUACGAGGCGACUGAGAAGGAAGUGGCUGAGCCAUUGCAGGAUCUAAAGGAGGGAAUGGAACAAUUGGAGAAAAAUAAGACGCUCCGCUACAUCCUCUCCACACUGCUCGCCAUCGGAAACUUCCUCAAUGGAACCAACGCUAAAGGUUUCGAGCUGACAUACCUGCAGAAGGUGCCAGAAGUGAAGGACACAGUCCAUAAGCAGUCUUUACUACACCACGUCUGUUCUGUUGUGGUGGAGAACUUUCCUCAAAGCACGGACCUCUACUCGGAAAUUGGAGCUAUUACACGUUCCGCAAAGGUUGAUUUCGACCUGCUGCAGGAAAACCUGAAUCAGAUGGAGCGUCGCUGCAAAGCAUCAUGGGACCACCUGAAGGUGAUUGCCAAGCACGAAAUGAAACCGCAACUCAAGCAAAAGAUGUCGGACUUCCUCAAAGACUGCGCGGAGCGAAUCAUUAUCCUCAAGAUCGUCCACCGCAGGAUUAUCAAUAGGUUCCAUUCGUUCCUGUUGUUUCUGGGACAUCCGGCAUACAGUGCGAGAGACGUUAGUGUGCACAGGUUUAGUAAGAUUCUUAGUGAAUUCGCUCUUGAGUACCGCACCACCCGGGACCGAGUGCUACAACAGAAACAGAAACGGGCCGACCACCGCGAGCGAAACAAAACACGAGGGAAGAUGAUUGUGGACGUCGACGUGUCAGUGAGUUGUCAAACCAAUGCGAAUUCUUCGCCGCACACUCAGUCUGAUGAUGAAGAGGAGAGUGAGAGUGGGCGUUAUGGUUCAAGCAGUGCCCCUAGUGGAUGCCAAGGAGAGCAGCCCCAAGGUCUGGACCACGCGGAAGACGCCGCCGAACACGAGCACAUGAAAGCGGUGCUAAGAACUAGCCUUAGUGGCAGUGGUGACAAGGACAUAAGCGGUGUCCCAGGCCUACGGACACGCACGCGAUCACGACCAGGACGAGGAGGUGCCAGCAUGCGGGCGCGUACACCAGCUGUUGAAGACGCACAGGUGUGCGGCGAUGAUGCUGCGGAUGAGAUCAUGGAGCGGAUCGUGAGGUCCGCCACUCAGGCUCCAGGAAGUAGACCGCAACCACGAGAGAGGAGGAGGUCUCGGGCAAACCGUAAAUCAUUGAGGCGGACCUUGAAGAACGGUUUGACUCCAGAGGAGGCAGUGGCAUUGGGUUUAACUGAUUCUGGCGAGCCACAGAUGUAAUCCGUAACCUCUCUGGUGGUCUGUCGUCGCCAGCAGCGGCCACGUGGCCGGUUGACUGCCUUUGCUACAUACUCUUCUUAUUGCACCAAGCAGAAACGCCACGUUUCUGUCAGCUGCUAACCUUGCCGGAUGUGUCUGAGUGAUGAAGUCAGUGUUUUUUUUGUUUUGGUUUGUUUUAAUGCUGCGAAAAGACAGUCAUCCGGAGAAUGAGGUGAAGGAAGGGGACGGAAAGUGUUGCCAUUGGCGUUAAUUGGAACAACCGCUAAAUAAUGAAUAAGCGAUGUGAACAUUACUUCGAUUUAAGCUGUGAACUUAUGCCCAAAGAUGAACUGAUCACCUCCGCCCAGUUCUGUUAGCAGAAUAGAUCGAAAAAAACAAAUCAUCACAAGAUAGGCAAACCUGAAAUGAUUUUGUUUAAGUAAACGUUGGCCUGUAGCGUUUACUUUCAGAUAUCGAAAGGUGGAUGAGUGCCUUUCUACCAAAAAGGGAUGACGCUUUAUUGCUUUACUCACCUUCUUUUUUUCUGUUGAGCUCCUCAGUGUUGCAGACAAUUAACUUUUUUUUUUUUUCAUUUUGGGUGAAAAUGUUCUCAGUAUUUAUUUGAAAACUUUCACACUCAUUUUGUAAGCUUUUUGCACCUUACCAAGUCACUCCAAGCAAAGGAAGUUUCUCUAUUUGAGGAAAUGUUUGUAAAGUGUAAAAAGAUGAGAUUUUGUUUUUCUACGUUUAUUAAAGUAUUUAAAAGAUGUGCAGCAAACGCUGCGUAUGACAUGUACACAACCUUGUCAGCUAAGUGACAUGUUACAUCGGUGUUAGUAGUGUGAGUUGUGUUGUUUUAUUAUCGCUGUAGAAAGGUGUAUUAUAUUCAGAGCACAAGCAAAACAAAAGAGCUUAAUCUGUAAAAUAUGAUUAAAAAGGAAAAGAAAACUGUAGAUGUGGUCAUAGAGGGAAGUAUUAUUUUUAUGGUGUUACUCCUUGUUACUUUUGCUUUCAAGGCAUUUUUAAUUAACUUUACGUAGGGAAACCAAGGCCCUACGCAACCUGGGAAACAACCAAGGGCGUAGGUUUGCAUAGGGACGAUAGGGACAUAACACUACCAACUUAUCAGGAUGCUCAAAUUGUCCCCACCAACUUAUUUGACCCUUCCAUUAUUAAGUGAAUUAUUUUCAUUAUGUGAGACAUUUACCACUUUUCACUUGCUGAAUGUGGCUGUCCAUUUUUCCCUAGGAAAUGCACGUUUCAUUGGCUGAUGACUUGCAUUUAUUUAAAAUGCAUUUAUUUUCUAUAUUAUUUAAAAUAUUUUUAUUUGCAGCCUAUGCAGACAUUUUUUUCAGAUAAUCAUACAUUAAUCAUAGUCGAGGUAAAAAGUAUGUAUGUAAGUAUGUUAAUAAUAAUUUAUGACAUUGAUUCUGGAAGUUUUUUUUAAAUGAUUCUUUAGUAGUUUUUGAAAACAAAGGUUUGAAUCGAAGAGUGUAUCACCUGACCAAUACACAUGAAAGUUAGAAUAAGUCAAUAGAUUUAUUUUGCAUUGAUCAUUUAGCCUAUCAGUUAAUUAGGUUCCUAUUUGUGAGAAAUAUGGCCCUGACCCCCGUUCACCAAAUCUGUUUGGUCUUAUUAAUGUCCCAUCCCCAGGAAAAAGUGUACAUGCAGGUUAUGCUGUCCCUACCAAUGUUGAGACCAAACCUACGCCCUUGGAAACAUCACCACAUAAGAGACCAUGAAGUCCAAAUGUCUCACUUGAAAUGCUAUUUGUACUUGUUCUACAAGAAUUAAAAAAUAAA